GAAAAUCUGGAAAAGGAAGAAGGUUCAUUAUCUUACUCUGUUAUGUUUACAUAUUUGAUACAGAUUGCAUACAACAGUUGUCAACUUGACAAACUAUUUUCUUCUUCAAUAUUUUCCCAGGCCAGCCAUUGGUUGUCCAAGGUUGUGUCUCUAAAUCUAUUUGUGAUCGUCAUUCCUGGUGUAAAUACUUCAUGCUGUGAGGAGAACCUGUGUAACGGUGUUAAUAUCGUCCUCCAGAACAACAUCCAGAGCACCGCUCAGAGUGUAAACGGUGCUGAGAGCGUCUCUCAGAGCUUCCUGUUCCUCUGCUCUCCUUCAUCCUGCUGCACUGAACCCAGACGCUCUUCACAUUCAAUCAGACACACUGCACCUAAUAUAUAGAUUCUCUCUGUAAUGUAUUUGGCUUUCUUAUGUGAUGAACUGAAAAACAAACGUAUGUGUUGUAAGAAAUAUUGCAUUACCUUUGCAAACUUGUUUCUGGGUUCACAGAAUAUUAAAGUCAGAGAAGCCCAAUAACUUGAAAACAGCUUAAUUUAAAAAAAAAAAAAGGUAAUUGAGAAGGGUAGCCAAUGGUUAAUACAUAAUGCUGAUAUUUGGAACAUAAUUACUGGCUUACUCAAAAUCUAUGCAUUGAAAGGAAUUCUAUUCAGUGAAUAUUUACAUAAAUGCUGGAUCUGUUGCUGGACGUAGUGUGAAAUGGCAUUAAGCAUAUUGGCCCUGUCCCAAAUGGCACACUCUGGACUUCAUGACGUCGUGUAUCACAUGAGUCCAUGAGGGCACACUGGAGUCGUGUUUUGAUCGUCGUGCUGGAAAUAGUUAGAGGUGUGUUAAUGGUGUUGCUUCAAACAGGUGCUGCAUUUCUGGUGGAGUAAAGAUUAGUAAAGGUUUUACCCUUGUGUUUGCAAUGCAGAGACAUCGUAUUAUUUAGCGAGCUAUUACUUUGCUUAAGACAGUGUAAGUUGACGACAUUGACUAUACUGUACACAUGGCGAAAUGUAUGGCUAGAUCCUUUACAAUGACUUUAUAUCAUACUUCAACUUAAAUACUUCAAGCUACAAAUCAUCUACUGUUUCACAGUCAAAUCGAAAGCUAUUAAUUUCCUUGAUUUGUCCAAAUUUGUAGAGAAUGAUAAAUAAAUUCUAAUACACUGACUUGGAGUUCACCCUGUGUCUGGGAACAAAAUCCGGUAAAAUAUACGUUAUUUAAUCCUCCAUAUGAUGGUUGAUGAUGGUAAAACAGUCUUGCUAAGACUCAGCUUUUAUUUAUCCCCUGAUGAAAACAAAGACAAAAGUAGUCUACCCUGAACGCAUUCUCUUGUUCAGGUUGGUUGUCGUUGUUUUCAUCUGUAUGGCGAGAGAUCUCAUGAAAAUGUGUGUAAAUAGUAUACCAAAAAAACCGAAAACCUGUGGUAUUGAUACGUAAAAAUGGACUUUGGUGGAUAAAUGACACUCAUGUGUUUGCCGUGCAUAUAUGCAUUUUUAUGUGCAUACAAUAUGUUGCGCAUCUACCCCACAACCAUAAUCCUGCCCUUCCUGGUCCAUUUAUAAAUACCACGAGUUUUGGUUUUUAUUUGGCUUACUAUUUAUGCGCACGUUCGUGAGAUUGGGUAGAUUGUUCCCCAUCCAAACAAAUUAGAUAUUUAUAUGCUAGAUAAGAACUUCCAGCAACAAAAUAUUAUAAACAGGGUCCAAAUAAUAGUUUCACUAUAUGAUCAUUUCUUUUACAUAUAUGUUUUUUUGUGUUCUUUUUUGUCUUUCUGUUGAACUGUCAUUUUUUCAUAAAGAUCCACCCCUACUGAUAAGCUAUAAAACGGUCGCUGAAACAGACACGUUACGUCUUUCUCCUCUUUCUCCUCCUAAACAAAGAUGGAUCUGCAAAUCUCCGUUCUUUUUCUGGCUGUUCUUUUCACUGCAGGACAUUCGUUCAGAUGCUAUCAUUGCAAUGGCACUACUUCUGACUGUGAACAGACAACAUGCAGUGAAUAUCCCAGCUGCUUCUCUGCAACGUAUUUUGAUGGCAACAUAACUGUAUUUAAAAGCUGUUUUUUAUCAAAUGGCUGUCCAAGUGGAUCCAUCAACUUUGGCACGACAAAGCUCUCUCUUUACUGCUGUGACACAGAUCUGUGUAACGCCCAGAAUGUUUCAGAGCCAAGCAAUAACACUUCCAAUGGGAUGGCGUGUUACUAUUGUGAUGGACAGAGCUGCUCAAACACAAUGAGCUGUUCGGGGACUGAAGACCGCUGCUUUUAUAUAACAGAGACUUAUGCUCUCAAAGGCUGCGUCUCUAAAUCUAUGUGCACCACCACAACAUUCUUGUCUCUCAUUUCGAACAUAACAUGUUGUGAGGGGAACCUGUGUAAUGGUGAUAACAUCACCCAGAGCACCACCCAGAGCUUUAGCUUCGUCCAGAGCACCACCCAGAGCUUUAGCUCCGCCCAGAGCACCACCCAGAGCUUUAGCUCCGUCCAGAGCACCACCCAGAGCUCGACUUCCAUGCAGAGUUCCACCCAAAGCACCACCAAGAUCUGGAGAUCCACCACUGCUAACGGUGCUAAUAGCGUCUCUCAGAGCUUCCUGUUCCUCUUCUGUUCUCUUCUCUCCUUCAUCCUGCUGCACUGAGCCCAGACGCUCUUCACAUUCUACAAUGAGACAUACAGAAUAUAUGGCUUAAAAGGCCCCUAUGGAUUUUGAAAAUGAUCUUUAAUGCCCUAACUCUAAGUGAAUGAAAACAUCCUGCAAAGUUUUAAAUCUGAAAGUGCUCCCUGUAUAAAGUUAUUGUCUUUUAAAAGAAAGAGUCAACUCUGAAUCAUUGAAACAAGUCAUUUUUAAAACAAAUCCCAAGACGUUUCAUGUUAAUGUCAACAGGAAAUAUUAGCAUAUUACCCGCCAACCUUAAAAUGCAAAUUAAAGGCUGUAAACAAAGCAGCACUGGGCUCACAAAUCCUGCUUUUAGUAUGAAAUAUAAAUGAAAUUGAAUCAGAUCAAUCACCCCACUUUAUAAUCAUGUGACAGAGGAGUUUUAUAAAUAAUAAUCAUUUGGGAGUCAUUGAGCAAAUGAGGUAAAAAAAAAAAAAUCCCCUUGUUGGGGACUCCCAAGCCAAAAUAUGUACCUUUCCUUACUCAUAAUAAGGACACUUUAAGUCCUCUAUGUACUAGGCUAGAUCUGAUUAAUUCUUUAAAAAUAAAAUAAAAUGUACAGUUUAAUGUAUUAAAACAGAGCAAUCACCUAUAGACUUUUUCUUAUGUUUAUUUUCAAUAAUGCACAAUGCAUGCUUAAACAAGAAAUUUGUUAAUUCUGCUGUUAAUCAGAAGACAUCAUUAGUGGCUUUUAGGCUAUACUUUAGUCAGAGGAGUACAAUAACUUGAAAAGAACUGAACUACUUUCACACUACUAAAAAUAUACAGUUACUAGCUGAUUGAUAUGUUUUUAAUUGCUGGUCUCUUGUUAACAAUAGCUGAUAUGAAGCUGAUAUUUACAACAUAUUUUAACUAGAUAGCCAACGACAAACUAUCUGAAAGUUUGAAAUAACGUUUUACCCAGAAAUAAAAAAGGAAAUCCGUUUCAAUGAGUUACUAACAUGCUUUAGCAUGCAGCCGCUAGCAUGUUUUGUUAGCGUUUUUAACAUUGUUAGCAAGUUUUGACGCGUUUUAACAAUAAAAAUGGCAAUUUAAGCAAAUUGUUAGCAUGUUAAGAUGCAUGUUGCUAGCAUGAUUCAACACGUCGCCAGUCCCUAAACAAAUUGCCAGCAUUUUGGAAACAAAUUGAAAAUUGGAAAAGCUAUUUAAAUAAAACGUCAAGUGUAUUUAGCAUUAUUUACCAGCAGGUGGCAGCAGAUGAUCUCUUGUACCAAAACAAAAAACUUCUAUAAACCAAACGUCUAUAAAGAUUGAAGAUUGUUAGUGCUUCUUGAUUGGCCUCUGGUAUUAAUAAAUAUAUAAAUAAAUAGAUACAAUAAAAACUGUUGUAGAAAAUGUAACCAAUUUUAUCAGAUGGUGCAAAGAUCAAAUGAUGACUAUUAUAUAUGUUAUAUGUCUAGUUAUAUGUGCUAAAUACGUAUCCUGUUUGUCUCUUGUGCAACAAAACUCAAAACAUCCAAAGCAAGCUGUCUGAUCAAUCAGAGGUCGUCAGAUAUUUUUGUGCUGAUUUACUUAAAGCUGGAGCGAGUUCCACGUUUUAUCAAUAAGCUAACUGAACUUUGACAUAGUCCCAUUCUGAGCAAAUGAAACACCAUGUCAGCAGCACUGACCCUGACAGAACUGCAGUGUGUUGCUGUGUCUCUGACCUAACUGUUUUUGGGACAAAUUAGUUAAAUCCACAACAAUUCUAUUGUGGAUACCAUCAGUGUAGCUCAUAAAUAUAUUGUAUAUAUACAAUUUCCCUGUUGAUUUAAGCUGGUCAGCAGGCUGGUUUUAGCCACUUCCCAGCUGGCCAGGCUGAUCUUGGCUGGUUUAGACUGGGAGACCAGCUGGAAUGACCAGCUAAAACCAGCGACUUACAGCCUAAACCAGCUAUGACCGGCCAACCAGCCUAGGCUGGUUUUAGCUGUUUGUUUUUUUUCUUUUCUUUUAGGCGUAAGAUAAUGUAUGUGCAAUAUUGCAUGUAAAACACUGUUAUCAAUAAGAUCAA